ACCCAGUACGAUCGAGCGACACACGCCGCGCGUACUUCUCAUCCACAUACACAAUGCGCCACGCUACGCGACUGUCAUGAGGCGAACGCUAACAUUUUCCUCAAGUGAUCAGUGAAAUAAUGUAAAACAUUGCGUCGUAACUCGCUCGAGCAAGCCGCGGUCUCGCUACCUGCGCGCCCGUCCUCGCACCGGCCGGCAGACGCUGCACGCGACAACGCCAACAAAAAAAAAAAACUAAAAUUCGAUGUCAGUGAUCGUGAGGAUUCCAGUGUCAGUGUAGUGUGUAGUUUUAAAAUAGUAUGGAUAAACGUCGUGCGAUGUUCGUAUGAGGAAGAAGAGCAACAGGAACAUCAUGUCGGUGGGCCUGCAGCGGCGAGUCCCGGCGCUGGACGAGACGGCCGGCGGCGUGCCCCCCGCCUGGAAGACCGGGAAUAGCGAGCCGCCGUUCGCGUCGUUCGCGCCGCCGGCGGGCUCACCGGCCGGACCCGCGUUCGCCGCCUCCCCCGCCCCCUCCACGCCGGGGCCGGGCUUCGGUCCGCCGUACGCCGCUGCCGGGCCCUUUGGCAGCCCGUCAGCGCGGCCGGGCUCCGGCGGCGGGUUCCCCCCCGGCCCCCCGCAGCAGCAUUUCCCGCCGGGGUUCGCGCCGCCGGGCUCGCCGUUUCACCCCCACGCGCCGCACCCCCCAAUGCCGCCGCACCCACACAUGAUGGCACCCCUACCGCCGCCUGUUGACAGGCGGCACACGCCAUACUUCGGGCAACCAGAUUACAGAGUAUAUGAACUCAAUAAGAGGUUACAGCAGAGGACGGAGGACUCUGACAACCUCUGGUGGGACGCGUUCGCGACGGAAUUCUUCGAGGAUGACGCGACGCUAACACUAACAUUCUGUUUAGAAGACGGACCCAAAAGAUACACGAUAGGGAGGACCCUGAUACCUCGCUACUUCCGCAGUAUAUACGAAGGCGGCGUCUCAGAGUUGUACUACACGAUGCGCCAGCCCAAAGAGUCCUUCCACAACACGAGCAUCACGCUGGACUGCGAUCAUUGCACAAUGGUCACGCACCACGGCAAGCCUAUGUUCACGAAGGUGUGCACGGAAGGCAGACUGAUCCUCGAGUUCACGUUCGACGACCUCAUGCGGAUCAAGUCAUGGCACAUGGCGGUCCGCGCGCACCGCGAGCUAAUCCCGCGGCAGGCGGUCCACCCGCCGGACCACGCCGCGCUCGACCAGCUCACGAAGAACAUCACACGGCAGGGCAUCACGAAUUCAACGCUUAACUACUUAAGGUUAUGCGUGAUAUUGGAGCCGAUGCAAGAGCUCAUGUCGCGGCACAAAGCGUACGCGCUGUCGCCGCGGGACUGUCUAAAGACAACGCUCUUCCAGAAAUGGCAGCGGAUGGUCGCACCUCCUGAGUCCCAGCGGCCGGCGAGUAAGCGACGUAAGCGCAAAGGCAGUGCGGGCGCUAAUGCGGCGCCGCCCGCGCCCGCCAAGAAACGAUCACCCGGACCUAACUUCAGCCUCGCCUCCCAGGACGUGAUGGUAGUAGGCGAACCGUCGCUGAUGGGCGGCGAGUUCGGCGACGAGGACGAGCGGCUGAUCACGCGGCUGGAGAACACGCAGUACGAGGGCGAGGGCGUGGAGUGGAGCGCCCCGCCCCCCGCGUCCCCCGCCAAGACCCCCCCCGGCACCCACUGACGAGCGCCCUCACCCGCCGACGCCCCCUUUAUUUAAUUUUCAGUUCCUCGGCGACCGGCGAGCUCCUCGCGCCUCUGAGCGCCUGGUACUUCCACACGGGCACACGUCAACAGAUAUAUAAAUAAAUGAAUAAAUAAAUAUAGGCCUUUACGGAUAAAUUAUA